CUAGCCCCGAAAAACGGAUUGCAAUGGCCCUUUGGCUCAGUCCGCUUUUUAGCCCAUCAUGAACUGGGCAGGUUGUAACGCAAUCUUAUGCUUGCGUCUGCCCGGAAGGAAGCCCAAGAUUUCAACGUAGAACUAUACUCCUAUGCAGACUAACCUGGGAGUAAUAAAAUGGGAAUUACUUCUGAGUAAACAUGCAUAUCGUUGAACUCUAGGGAUGCAAUACUAUACAGCGUAGCCUCAUUGAAGACAAUGGAACUUGCUUCUAAGCAGGCAAGAGAGCAAAGUCUGGAGCAAGCUGAGCAGGCUUAUGCAGUCUGAGUGAUCAGCCGUAGAACAGUGUCCGCCAUCCUCUGAAGAUGCCAGCCACAGAUGCAGUGUGUGGUGCUGAUGGUCCACAAUGUCCCCUCUGAACACCAUGUUCUUGAUGGUGUGGCAGGUCAUCUUUCUGAUCUGCAAGAGUUCUUUGGAUUUGUGUGCGGCGCUUUUGAGGAACCUCCUUUCAAAGAGAAAGAAAAUUUGCCGUUCCCUGCGUGUGCAGAGCCGGAGAGGGGUGGCUGGUACAUCGCGGUACUUAAGGAGGUCCAGUGUGCGGUCCCACUGGUAUGCCCUUGCUGAGGUCGGAGUGCCCCGUCGCUGGUGGGUGUAUCCCCGGAGCAAGAACUGGUGGGAGCAGUUCAUCAGGCUGACGUGGGAUGAAGAGCAGUGGAUAGAGAGGUUUCGCAUGAGUCGUGGCACUUUUUUUGAAAUAGUGGAAGCCCUCAGACCACACCUCCAGCGGCAGACCACCAACAUGAGGGAGCCGAUUCCUGUCGAAAAGCGAGUUGCCAUUGCCAUCUGGUACCUUGCCAAUGCUAACUGCUACAGGGAGGUUCGUGAACAGUUUGGCGUUGGCCUAUCCACGGUGGGGGAGAUAGUCCUGGAGGUUUGCUGCGCCAUGGAGCUUGACCUGCUGCGGAAGACAGUGUGCCUGGGCAAUGAGAUCGCCGCGAUCAUGGAUGGUUUUGCACACCUGGGAUUUCCACACUGCAUUGGGGCGAUCGACGGAAUGCACAUCCUCAUACGAGCCCCAGGAGGGCGGAUGGAUGAAUCUGGGAACUGCAAGAAAAACUGCUCCAUAUUUCUGCAGGGCACUGUGGACCACACUGGACGAUUUAUCAACGCUGAGGUUGGCUGGAGCGGCAGAAGCCAUGAUGCAUUUAUAUUCCAGAACUCUGCCUUGUGCACUGCGAUGGAUGCGGGGGUCUUUGUUCCUGGAAAUCCAACCUUGGAUUUAAACGGGGUGCAAGUGCCAGCAUUGAUGGUGGCAGAUGGCGCUUACCCCAUUCGCAGGUGGCUAAUGAAGCCCUUUGGCAAAAAUGGGGACACGCGCCGGCGAACGUUUGACCAUGCACUUCAUAGGGUUAGGAAUGUGGUAGAGUGCGCAUUUGGACGGCUCAAGGCACGCUGGCGUUGCCUGACAAUGCGCCUCCCUGUUUUCGAGGAGAACAUCACCACUGUGAUUACAGCAUGUGUCAUUCUGCACAAUAUAUGCGAGGAGAAAGGACAUGGCAUAGUAGUGGACCUCUGUGACUCUGUCUCCCCUCCUGUUUCUGUGGAUGAGGAAGACUACUACCGUAAUGAUAAUUGUCAGAAAGAAGAAGGGAAACGUGUCAGGGACGCAGUUGCGGACUUCAUACUUAGCCACCAACCUUGUCCAUGAUUCCCCCUUCACUUACAAUUGCUUUCCAGUAAUGCUGCUCAAAGAAAAAUAAACCCACUUUUCUUUGCAGGGGUGGCUGCAUGUGCAGUCCCUAAACAAUCAACAAAUAAAUUCAUAAAUAAUCCUU